ACCGGGGACGGAUGUAGACAAAUUUCAUGGAUAUAUAUUCUUAAUACAGACAACUCAUCGACGUUUGGAUAUACUUGAAAUAUCCAACAGAUUUCUGUAAGAUACACCUCAGAAAGACACAUAUGGUAUCACUCAAGAUGUGAAGUAUGGGUUCAAAACAGACAACUGGAUCUUACAUGGUUGAACCAAAGUUACUGUUGAUGUGAUAUCCUAAUAAUUGUCAUGCAUGGAUGAAUGUAUCGACAAAAAUCUACUAGGAGAGCCCGCAUUUCAUCUACAUCCCCACUUUUGUCUACGUUACUGUGACAAUGAGGAGGAAACAUCUUGUGGUUGUUGUGGUGACCAUCUUCCUGUGCUGGAACAUAAUGAUGUAUUAUCUACUGGUGUCUAAAAACCCAGGAAAGUCCAUCUUAGUUGAGGAGAAGUUGACGUGGCUUGAGGCAGACAUUAAACAUGAGCUCAGGGAAAAUACAGCUUUACUAGAGCAGCUACGUAAGUUACGAGAGGAUGCAGAGAGACAAGCCCGUCGGAAGACGGAAGCACCCAUUGGGAGACAAGCACAACCAGAGAUAGAAGCACCCAAUCAGAAGAUAGAGGCACCCAUAAGGAUGAACCAACAACCUGUUGAUGCAAACUUUGUUAUCCUGCCAAUACUCAUGAUAGCAUGUGAUCGUGUGUCGGUCAGUCGUAGUCUGGACCAGCUUCUCAAGUACCGGACGUCACCAGAGCGUUUUCCUAUUAUCGUAAGUCAAGACUGUGGACACCAGACAACUUCUGAUGUCAUACAGAAGUAUGUUGUCUCUGACAACAUCAUACACAUCAAGCAACCAGACCUGAGUAAUAUAGAGCUACCAUGGCCGAAAAAGAAAUUCAGUGGUUAUUACAAGAUUGCCCGCCAUUAUAAAUGGGCCCUAAACCAGAUCUUCCAUCACUUCAACUACUCGGCUGUUAUUAUAGUGGAAGACGAUCUGGAUGUUUCCCCCGAUUUCUUUGAGUAUUUUGCUGCUACUUAUCCUGUUCUAACCUCUGACCCCUCACUGUGGUGUGUGUCUGCGUGGAAUGACAACGGUAAAGGAGGCAUGGUGUCAGAUGAUGCAGAGCUUCUGUACAGGUCUGACUUUUUUCCUGGACUUGGCUGGAUGAUGGAAAGGAAACUAUGGCUGGAAAUCGGACCAAAGUGGCCAGUUACGUUCUGGGAUGACUGGAUGCGCCAUCAGGACCAAAGGAAGGACAGAGUUUGUAUACGACCUGAGAUUUGUAGAACAAGUACAUUUGGAAAGAAGGGAGUUAGCAAGGGAUUAUUUUAUGAAAAACAUUUAAAAUACAUCAAGUUGAAUGAUCAAUUUGUAGAAUUUACCAAGAAAGACCUAUCCUAUUUAAAAAAGGAGAAUUAUGACCCUUGGUUCAAACGUCUGGUGUAUGACACACCAGAGGUGACGGUUGCUGAAGUGAUGUCUGGAAGUAAAAAACACCUCAAGGCACUACGUGUUACAUACACAACAAAGGAGCAGUACAAAUCUCUAGCCAAGAGGCUCGGCAUUAUGGACGACUUCAAGGCAGGUGUUCCUCGUGUGGCCUACCGUGGAGUAAACAGCUUUAUUUACAGUGGACAGAGAAUAUACCUAGCUCCCACUGCAGACUGGUCUCAGUAUGACCUCACCUGGACGUGACCUUGACCUUUUCAUAUAGGUGGUUUGGGAUCAUAUUAACUGUCCUUGUUAGAUCUGAGAAGGAUGGAAAUCAAGACCUGUUUGAGUCAUCACUUCUCUGUGUAUAGAGAUAUAUACAUGUCCUCCUGACAGUGUGACAAACAGUCAGCAUUGUUUUAGUGAUCAAGCUGUCAGGGAGUAUAUAACACUUCACCAUUAUCAACGAGGGCAACAUUUUUAAGUCUAACCUUUAGUAGGUGACUUGACCAAGAAAACAAGCAUAACACUCAGUUUAUUGACAAUGGUCAUGGAUUUGAUCAGACAUAAGAUAAAUGACAGUAUUUUUGUCAAGGGAUAUUGCUAUCACAAUGAAAAAAACUUUGGAUGCCAGUGUUAUUUACAAUGAUAAUGGACUUGACUUGACAUCAGAAACAAAAUUAUUGUCAAUAUUUCUGUCAAAGAUAAAAGAUUUUACUGGGGAAAUCAAAUUUACAUCACUAAUACUAAUUAUAAAUGACUUCCAAAAAGGGAACCAUUUCACAUUUGAUACUGUAGACAAUAAGUCAUUACCUGCUAAUAAGACCACAAUUCUAUUGUUGUUUAUCAAAAGAACUAGAAACUAAAAUGAUUUGCUACUUUGGCCAGGGCAAGUUAAAGUAAAUAAUUUGUUUAGUUAGAUGAUGCCUUGACAACGGAGAUCAAUCUUGAAUGACUACUAUUGUUAUGUAAUUAGAUAUCAGGGGAGAUAAUCUAUUCCCCAAAAUCUAUACUUCAUCAUUGUUCAAUAUCAUAAGAAAUUACUUACAGUGAAAGUUGAAAUUUGUUUAGUUUUGAUGAUGAUGGCUUUUAAAAUGGCGAUCAAUCAGGAGUUACUACAUUUUGUUGUGGUCAGAUCUUAGUAUCAAGGGGAGAUCAUUCUUCCUCCAGAAAAUAUUCCACCAUUAUAAAAUAUCAAGGGGAGAUAAUGGCUUAAUAUUUAGAUAUAUCAUACAUGAAUAAAUUUAUCAAUAAUUUGAUUGUAAA